AUGGGCUUCAUCUCAAGGAGGGUUCUCCCCGCAUGCGGGAACAUGUGCGUCUGCUGCCCAGCGCUAAGGCCGAGCUCCCGGCAGCCCGUGAAGCGGUACAAGAAGCUCCUCGCUCAGAUCUUCCCCAAGAACCUCGUGAGUAGCUCCAGCACAGAGAUCCCCUUUUCCCUUUCCCUCUAAUGUGCUCAAACUUUUCUCCGUACUCUCAUAGCACCUUGCAUCAAUCAGUACAGUCGAUCCGGACGGCACGGGUAAUGAACAAGUUCAUUCCAGUUUUCUAGGAAAAGAUGCAGUGAUCCAGUGCAUCCUGUGUUUUCGGACUGGCAUUUUCCGGCCACGCUCUUAUUUGCUUUCCUGGUUCAUCUAUUUAGGAUGGUCCCCCAAAUGAUCGGAAGAUCCUCAAGCUCUGCGAAUAUGCUGCUCGGAAUCCGCUACGCCUACCAAAGGUGAAACUUCUUUGAUGAAUCUCUUCUUACUAUUAUGGUCUUUAGUUAUCCGACGCUCCAGAAAAUAAGAAAAGUAAGACUCACUGGAAGUCAUUACUUUUUGUGAAGAUUGCAAAGUUUCUUGAGCAAAGGAGCUACAAAGAAUUGCGGUGUGAGCACAUCAACUUCAUCAACAUCAUCACAGAAACCUACUGUAAAUUGCUCUGCAUAUGCAAAGAGCAGAUGUAAGUCAUGUUGCCUUAUUGUUGCCUCCAUCUUAUCUCAUUUUAUUUAGGCAGCUGCAAUGGUAGCACUACUCAGGACUUUUCCAGGAUGAAAGAGACUGGUCACCACCUUUUUGUAGUAAUUAAAAAACUCGAUGUUGUGGGAGGACCAUUUUAGAGAGAAGCUAUAAUUAGAUAGCAUAGAUCGUUGCUUCAGAUUUGUGCUGGGAAAUUGGGAAGUCCGGUCUUUGUUCUUUUCAUUGCUCGACGUCACUAGUCUUCGAUUCAUUCGCCACUGGGCUAUUAUUUCUGGCUGCUUUGUCAUUACUUUUUGGUGGCAGCAUGCCUCGGAGAUGAAAGAUAUCUAAAGGGCGAGCUAUGGGAACAACACUUUGUGCCGGUCACAGUCUUUAUCUAUGCCAUCGGGUGGCGUAGAUGUGGCAGUCUUUUUUUCCUUUUAAAAUUAUUGGCCGAUAUUGUGUGACAUAAUUUGAUCUCUGGAUGGAUAUCUGUCGGUAUUUAGGUGUGUGAUAUGUUGUGGGUUUAACUGAUACCUGUAUAUCUCAUUACUACAUCUCAUACCAUUGUCACCUUUGUUUAUUUUUUAAUUCAAUACUUGUUCAAACAGGGCUUACUUUGCUGUUAGUCUACUGAACGUGAUUGUUGAGCUUUUGGACAACAAACGAGCAGAAACUGUGCACAUCCUUGGAUGCCAGACUCUGACAACGUUCAUUUACAGUCAAGUGAGUUACUUCUUGCCAGAAUAUAAGCUUGGGUCAUUACUGUGCUUAUUUUGAGCCAAUAGGUUAAUGUUUCUUCUUUUCUUUGUACAUCUACCUGCCAACUGGGUUUACAUGCAAUUGGGUACAUCGGCAGAUGGACAGCUGCUGAGUUAGCAGUGGGUUUGACACAGUUGAAAUGGUUUCGGGGAAUCAGAUUUAUGCCGUUAUCAGAUUUUGGUUUUUGUACGAGUUUGUUCAUCUUCUUUGGCUGAUUUCUACGUGAAUAAAGUUCACCAGUUUUUAGCACUUAGGUUUAUGGCAUUAUUAGUGGUUGAUUCUCGUACUUUUUUGUUUGUCUUCUUUUGCCUGCUUUCUACGCGAAUAAUUUUUCUAUCCUGAUCUUUGGUUAAACGUAUAUUAUUCUUUUAUACAAUGAUUUUUUCUGAACCUGAAAUUCUUGAACAGGCGGACGGCAUGUACGCGCACAACAUUGAGCAUUUAGUUCAUAGAGUAUGUAUGCUUGCCAAAGAAGGAGGUGAAGAGGAUGCUGCACGCCGUUUGAGGGCUACAAGCCUGCAGUGCCUCUCAGCAAUGGUUAUUUUCAUUCUUCUAAUCAUUUUUAUGAACUGCGGGAUCGUUUUUUUUUUUUUUUUUUUUUUUUGCAAACAAUAGAAUUCACCAUUGGUAAUGUUUACCUUGAGGAUCAUAGGAUAUUGUCUUCAUGCUAUGAGUGAAAAUCUUGCAUUUAGUUAAUCACCAACAUCUUAUCUUGAUUUAUUGAUUUCUUGUUUCCUUGUUUUGAUACUUUCUUCAUCAUAUACGAGUUGCCCGAAGUUCAGGUUAAUUUACAUGUUCCCUAGUUGUUUUGGCCUGUCUUACUUGUUGGUUAGGAUCAUGGCAAUGAUGUAUGGUACGAUGGGGCGCAUACCCAUGUAUGUCGGCCAUAGGUGUUGGUUCGUUUCUUUCUGAGUCUCCAUCUCCAUUGUUUGAGGCCCAAUAAGUUAACAUCUUAUGAUGCUAUAUAUAUAUAUAUAUAUAUAUAUAUAAUUGAAAAGUUGGGCAUUCUCACACAUAUCAAAGAUUGGCCUUAUUUUAUUAAAAAAAUUGUUGAAGUAAAUUUAACUGUUAUUUUCUAUUUCAGGUGUGGUUCAUGCGAGAGUUUUCUCACUUUUUUUCUGGUUUUGAUGAGGUAUAUGUUCUUAUACGCUUGGUAUCACUUAAAAGUGAGUGUUGGGCAUACUGGAACCAUUUUUUCUGAAUUUUGAGUUUUUCCACCACAUGGGUGCUGUAAUGCAGAUUGCGGUUGUUGCUUUAGACAAUUAUGACUCAAGUCAAUCCACUGAAGACGGUGGUGCAAGACAGGAGUCACGCCAUAAUUGGGUUAAUGAAGUUGUUAGAUGUGAAGCAAGAGGUCUCACUGGGCUUGGAACUGAUAUUAACUCAAACAUCUUGGGCAGGCCAAGGCCUGAGAUAAGAGAUACUUCUUUACUGACAAGGUUUGCCUUUUAUGAUGAUAUUACUCACAGUGAAUUAUAUCGGACAACUUAUGCUGGCAGAAUUCUAAUGAGAAGAUGAACGUACUGAAAUGAAGUGUAGUUGUUUGUGUUGUAAUUUUAUUAAGUAAUUUUUACGUCAUUUUGUUUUCCACCAAAGUUUGCUUGGGUGGAUAACACGAAAAGUGAGAAUCCAGAAGAAGUUUUAAAGAUAUCAAUCCAAGUUUAAAUACAAUUUUAGUGCUGGAAACACAUUCAAUUUCUGGAGUUUUUGAGUUAUUUUUCUUUUUUUUUAUAACUAAUUUACAUUUGUCUCAGGGAGGAGAUUGAAACGCCAGAGAUUUGGGCACAGAUAUGUAUCCAGAAAAUUGUUGAAAUGGCUAAAGGAAGUUCAACAAUGAGACGUAUAUUGGAACCUAUGCUUAUCUACUUCGAUACCAGGAAACAUUGGAUUCCUGAUCAGGGCCUGUCAAUGCUGGUUCUCUCUGACAUUUCUUACUGGGUGAAGGGCUCAGGUGCUUAAGCUUACUUACUUUUAUUUUAUUUUUAUUUUUAUUUUUAGUUUCUUGUUCUGUUUAACUGCUUUCACUGCAGGGUCCUGAUAAAUGGUGCAUUUACAAUCUUAGACAGGACAGUUCUACUUGUCAUCAAAACGCUGUUACAUAUUUCCUUCUUUCUUUUUUUCAUUCCCUGAACCGUUCCCUGAAUCUUUGUGGUUCUCUUCUUUUUCAUGACUGUCACUUAAACCAUGCAAUCUUCCGUGAAUCCCAAGCUCAAAUCAAUUAUUAUAUGUGUUGCACUAUGCUAGAAUAUUAUCACAAUCUUUGACGCGAGCGGUAGUGGAUUUAGGAGCUUCCCUUUAAUGUGUGAGCAUCUUAGAGAAGCUGAUAAUGUGUGGACUUGCCUCUAAGUUUCUGAUCUGUUUAUCUACUUCUGCUGCUCUUGUGUACUCUUCUUGCUCACCAUGUUGUAUGCUUCUCGGCGUGAUUCAUAUGCUUAUCACAUUGCCACCUUCUUUGAUAUAUAGUUUCUUUAGAGAACCUGCUGAUCUUCGGUUUCUGCUUCUUCGGACUUCUGGCAGGUAAUGAGCUAGGACUCAUAGCUGCUGUCAUCCGGCACUUGGACCACAAAAAUGUUGUUCAUGAUCCGAAAGUUAAAUCUGAUAUAAUUCAGAUUUCUGCGGGCUUGAUUCGGCAGUUAAGAACCCAAAAUGUCGUUCCUGAAAUUGGAGUGAUCAGCGACCUCUGUAGGCAUCUGAGGAAGAGCCUUCAAGCGACAGUUGACGUAGUUGGACCUGAAGAAUCUGGCUGGAAUACCUCGCUCCAGAGUUCCAUCCAAAACUGCUUGCUAGAGAUUGUCAAAGGGGUACGACCAAUAUUUUUCUCUUGCUUAUUUUUCUACCAUCGUUUUUAUUUCUCCCAGCUGCUAGUUAGCAAGAAAAUUAAUUUUUCAUCCAUUUUUGCCUCUUAUGGACACCUGGUUUUCCAUUUACCAGAUUGAUGAUGCGCACCCGCUGUUUGACAUGAUGGCCAUAACAUUGGAGGAGCUCCCCCCUGUUGCGAUUGUCUCUAGGGCGACGAUCGGAUCUUUACUCAUACUUGCGCACAUUAUUUCUAUAACAGUCCACUCAAAUUCGCAGAUGGUGGGAUGAUCUGAUUUCUAUUUUUCAAUGCUACCCACCUUAUUUCCUCCAAAAUCAUACCGUUUUGGAUCCUUAAUUUUCCAAUCUUGGUUAGUUCUAAUCCCGGGUGAUUAGCAGGUCUUUCCGGAAGCUCUCUUGCUUCAACUGCUGAAGGUCAUGAUGCAUCCAGAUGCUGAGACUCGUGUAGGAGCCCAUCAGAUAUUUUCAAUUCUCCUUGUUCGGAGUCCCAGCCAUCAAAAACAUAAUGGCGUCUACGAGGCAAGGAAAUGGCAGUCAAAAACUGCUUCGGCAUUUGCUUCAGCCACUGCUCUGCUGGAGAAACUUCGCCGAGAAAAGGAAUGUCUGAACGCCGAUAAGCAUCCAAGUGAAGAUCGCGAUGGUAUCAAGGAAAAAGAAAUAAUUGAUGAAGAUCGUAAGCAUGGUUUCAAUCGAAAGAGCUCUCCGAAUUUUUGUAAAAUCAGUUGCUCUAUUAUCGACAGGACUCCCAGUUCCUCCAGCCCUGUAGAGCCAGUAAGUGCCCGUCAUCUCAAAAUGCAACCAUUUUCACUUCUGUGAGCAGAAUGCUAAACAUUUUAUGCUUAUUCCUUCAAGAUCAUCAGCAUGGCAUCCGAUUUUAUUGAUGAUAAUAUGAUUUUAUUUUCUCUAUCUAUCUUUCUUGGCAUCAUCAGCACGUUUUACUAGCUUCUGACUAUGUUAUUGCUUGUUCAUGGACUCGUGCAGGAAACAAGUAUUACUAUGUUAAAUGAGGAUCAAACAAGCCAGCUACUCUCUGCUUUCUGGAUGCAGGCAAAUCAGCAAGAUAAUUUGCCCUACAACUUUGAAGCGAUAGCCCAUUCAUUUAGCUUAACAAUUUUGUCCUCUCGUUUGAAGGUGAGAUAGGAGAUGCCUGCUAUCCCUUGGGGGAUGAGUAAGAAAUUAAUGCUUUCGAAAGCUUGUCACCCUGAAGCAUUGAUUAUUAAAGAAACUGAAUGUUAGCAUGGUUUCCUUGUUAAUAUCACCCUUUAUAUUGUCUGGGUCUAUCCACGCUUCGGGUUAUUAAUUGCUAUUUUUUUUUACUUAAGAGAAGAUAAAUAAAUAUGACGUCAGUCGACUCUAUCCAGCACUUUAAGUAAUCAGUUGACUUUGAUCACUUCAUAUACUGUUGUUGUCUUUGGUCUAAGUGGUCAAUAUUCCAUGAAAAUAGUAUAAUCAUUUUGGCACUCAUGAAUAUUUUAUUAGUCUAUGGCCGAAAUUAGAAGAUAUUUUCUCAUAAUUUAUUGCUUGAAGAUCGUCCUUCUCUUGGGUGAACUCUUGCUAGUAAUGUUAUUUUAUCAGGGGCAUUGAGAUCCCGGGUGCCUAGAACGCUUCUAUUUAUCUUUCUGGAGCCUAAUUACUCGUCUUUGCUUUUUAUUUUUGAUUUGCAGAGCUUAAAUCAAAGUAUCCUCGCCAACUUCUUCCAGCUCCUUUUAUCUCUCAGAAAUCUUUCCCUUGAUUCUAAUGGUGGGUGUGAUAAAAUUACCUGAUUUGGAUAUUUUCCAUUUUUUUCUAAUGAUUUUCUACGAGUGAUGUUUCUGUCAUGGGGUUUUAGCAGGAGCAUCUUCUCCGGCACACCAACGAUCGAUUUUCAGUUUGUCAACGGCCAUGCUAGGAUUUGCAGGAAAAAUUUAUCACAUUCCUGAGUUGACCGACUCUCUUAAGUCCCUGAAAUUCGCUUACGUAAGCUGUCUCUUUGCGUCAUCUCAACUUUACUUUAAAAAAUUAUGCUCUUCUAACCAUGAUAUUAUUAGAUCUAUAUGCUAUUAAUAGGAUAUUCACGUGACAUUUAGAUCUCAUAUCGGUGUCUUUGCCUCAACCAUAUUCUUGAUACCUUUGUGGUUGCUUCUCUUUCAGGACGACCCGUAUCUGUCUGUCAGUGACGAGUUCCAGAUCCAUGUGAAGCUGCCAUCGGACAUUCGAGAGUACAACUCGGAAGCAGACAAGAAGGCUGCCGCUGCUUCUCUCUCUCUUCUGAGGAACUCUGCGGCUGAAUGUGGAGGAUCUUUGCAGCCCAUCUUGGUUCGGGGUCUCUGCAGACUAACCGAUGUAUGAGAUCCAGUCUGUCUUUAUUCCUUCAUUAAAUAAUAAUCCACAUUAUCCUAGUUGACUUUUGUCUACCUUGCCAGCUGGCCGCGGAUGAUUUGGACAGACUGCUGUCUGAAACCUUCACCCCCGACGAUGAGCUACUUUUCGGCCCGAAAUCUGUCUUCGACUGGGUCCGCACUCCGGAGGUCGCCCACUCUGAAGAAUCUCUCUCCUUCGACGAGGUAGGUUCGGGACGCACUAAAACCGGGGGCGACUGCCCUCUAGCUUACGGCCGUUGACCUUGGACAAUAAUAGAAGCUUCCGUUGGUUUUUUCUCAGGAAUGUUCCCGGACCUCGUCUGUCGGUGGUGAGGUCACCAGUGAGUCGCCCGCCGUUGACCAUCCGCACUUCUUUCCCAAGAAAAACGGCCUCCCAUCCUUGCCCCAAGUCAUCAGUGUGGGGCAGCUUCUGGAGUCGGUACUGCUUUUUCCUCCCUGCUCUCUCUAUAAAACUAAGACCUUGGGCCUUUGCACCGGCGAUUCUCUCUCUCCUGUACUGACAUGAACUGACUUAACCAGGCGCUCCAGGUUGCCGGCCAGGUCGCCGGGACCUGCGUCUCGACCUCUCCUCUCCCCUACGGGACCAUGGCCAGCCAGUGCGAGGCCCUAGGCAUCGGAACCAGGAAGAAGUUCUCUUACUGGCUCGGCAGCAGCGACGAGCUGGAGUCUGACCUGCCACUCCCCGCCCUCGGCGGCUUCAGUCAACUGUCUCUCGGGAAAGAGGUACCACCGCGCCGCUUUCUCUCUCUACCCACCGUUGGCUUUCAUUGCCCAGCGAGUAACGCCGGCGAUGCCUUCCCCUUUCCCCCUCCUGCGCAGAGGAGGGGCCUCGGCCUGGACCUCGAUGAAGAUGGGUUCCCCCGCGCGGAGCCAUGCUUGGCUCUGCAUCUGCCGCCGGCGAGCCCGUUCGACAACUUCUGGAAGGCGGCGCGUUUCUAA